GAAGAAAAUGCUAAUUGUGUGCUCACCUAUUGGCGUUGGUUGUACGCAGUUUGCCCACAGGAAAUGCAUACAGAGAUGGUGCAACAAGAAGGGAAAUGUGUGGUGUGGCCUGUCUGAUCUAUCUAGCAUGUUUAGUGGUACUCGCAUCAGCUAAACCUUAAACUUGUUUUCUUCUUAAUGCCUCCGUGAUCGGUUUAAGUUCUUUCGCUGCGGAGAUGGCAGCGGCGGCGGGGCCGUACAAAGAGAUGCUGGAAGUGGUGAACGCGUGCGCGGCCCGGAUCCGGUGACGCCUCCGUCCAGCUUCCAAGCGUCGCCUCCUCAACGAUAUCCUGUUUCUCUGCACUGGGUUGCGGCCUGUGGUACUGGUCGACUAUGGUGGCACAAUGCCUCAGCUACAAGAAAAUCUUUGUGGCCUGCUAUAUCUUGCCCGACAGUUCAAGCUCUGCAAGGUGAGGUCUGUUCAGUUUGGCCAGAAAGGCAUCCCCUACCUGAACACCUACGACGGCCGCACCAUCCGCUACCCCGACCCUCUCAUCAAGGCCAACGACACCAUCAAGAUCGAUCUGGAGACCAACAAGAUCAUGUACUUCAUCAAGUUGUAUUUGCCAUUUCAUAGACUUCAUCAAGUUAUAUACUUAGUUAGGCUCAAUGUUAGCACAAACAGUUGAUGAGCAAGUUUAAAUUUAGAGUACACUUAUGUAUGAGUUAUUUGACAAUGCUUAUUUAUGAGAUAUUGAAUGUUAUUUA